UAACUGGAGCAGGACUCAAUGCCCUUGGAGCUUGUAUAAAGUGUGUUUCCAUGGAGCUGUCGCAGCCCCAUGGUGUUGAAACAGUUGGAGCACUAUCUUCUUUUCCCAUUCUGAUGUUGGGACAGUGUAUCUGUGCGUUGGCCCAAGUAUUCACUCUGGGAAUGCCUGCUCAACUGGCUGCCACGUGGUUCGGUGAGUCGGAAGUUGCACUGGCCACUUCCAUUGGGGUGUUUUCUAAUCAGUUCGGUUGUGCUAUUGGAUUCGGUUUACCUCCACUCAUGGUGCCCCCUCCGAGAGAGACUGACAAUGACUUCGGGGAACUUUUGUUGGGCUUUCGGACAUUACUGUAUUCUGGAGCAGUAGGAAUGUUGGUGGCAUUCUGUGCGGUAUUUAUCUUUUUCAAAGAGAAACCAAAAACACCACCAAGCCGAGCUCAACUUAAAAGAGUUCCUCAAUUUGAAAUGAUUGACACCGGUGAUGUAAAACUUCGUUCAAAUUCAAACUCAGAUAUCGCAAAUUAUGACAUGACCACAGAGGCAGCAGUAAUGAAACGAAAUUUCUUCCAUCAAGUGUUCUGCUGCUUUAAGAACCUCAGUUUUGUUCUCCUUAUGAUUUGUUAUGGUUAG